UGCCCGGACGAUCGUUAAUACUCUAUAUUGCUGCUCAAGAACGAUCUGUCGGAGCUUUACUAGCCCAGGAGAAUGAUGAUGGAAAAGAGAGUGCCUUAUACUACUUGAGUAGAACAAUGACACCAAAUGAAUUGAACUAUUCGCCAAUCGAAAAGACAUGCUUAGCACUCAUUUUUGCAAUUCAAAAGUUGAAGCACUAUUUUCAAGCGCAUGUUGUCCGUCUAAUCUCAAGGAUGAAUCCUCUAAAGUAUGUCAUGUCAAAACCCGUCCUAUCCGACAGACUUGCAAGGUGGUACCUGCAAUUGCAGCAGUUUGACAUAACAUAUAUUCCACAAAAGGCUGUGAAAGGACAAGUUCUAGCCGAUUUCUUGGCGGAUCACCCUAUCCCUGCAGAGUGGGAGUUAUCCGAUGAUCUACCCGAUGAAGAUGUUCUUGUGAUUGAAGCUAGUCCUCAUUGGAAGAUGUAUUUUGAUGGAGCUUCUCACAGAGAAGGAGCGGGCGCCGGAGUAGUAUUCGUCACAUCCAACGGCGAAGUGUUGCCUCACUCUUUUACCUUAACACAAAAUUGCUCCAACAAUGUUGCUGAAUAUCAAGCUCUUAUCCUUGGGCUAGAAAUGGCAGUUGAUAUAAAGCAACUAAAUUUGGAGGUAUAUGGAGACUCCAAGUUGGUGAUCAAUCAGAUACUCGGAUCGUACGAAGUAAAGAAGCUCGAUUUACUCCCUUAUGUGGAUUAUGCUAAAAGACUUAUCGGAUACCUUGGUGAUGUGAUGAUAGAGCAUGUGCCAAGAAAAGAUAACAAACAAGCAGAUGCAUUGGCAAAACUUGCUUCUACUUUAGCCAUGCCCGAAGACGGAGCUCGUAUAUCAAUUUUCAAGAGGUGGGUCGUACCACCAAUUUUUGAACACGAAGAAAUUGAAGAAGACGAAACUCGAGUGGUUUACGUGUUUGAAAUCGAGAAAGAAGAUUGGCGUCAAUCGUUUGUGGAUUACUUGAAGUACGAAAAGUUGCCUAAUGAUCCACGUCAAAGGGUUGAUAUUCGACGUCGUGCGGCUCGUUUCAUCUACUAUAAAGAUACACUUUAUAGACGUUCAUUUGAUGGAGUCUUCUUGAGAUGUUUAGGUGAUGACGAAGCCGUUCAAGCCAUAGAAGAAGCUCAUUCCGGAGUUUGCGGCGCCCAUCAGUCAGGACCCAAGCUACAUUUCCGAAUAAAAAGAAUGGGCUAUUAUUGGCCAUCUAUGGUGAAGGACUGCAUGGAUAUGAAGGAGUUCUCGUUGUCGCUUUAA